CCAAAUCCACAUGCUCAUCUAAAUCAGAGAUAGUAAUAAGAUACAAUUCAUCCUGAGACCAGCUGCUCUCCAUCUGUGAGCCUGCAGACCUUAUCUGCUGAGCCUCCCUAAUGUAAAACAUCAUUCACCUUAGUUGCUAAGAGGCAAUGGAUUACUUUCAGAUACUGACCCCCAAAACCACAAUGGACUGUGGCUUGUUUCUCAAAGCAACUAGGCAUUUGUUCUAGCUGCCUCCAGGCUGUAGCAUCCCUCCACUUCUAGUUGAAAAGGCUCUAAGUUGACUGGGACAGCCUCUCCAGGUUCAGACCCUUCAUCAAAUACAAAGGAUCUUAGAAGUAAAAGACCAGCAGUGACUAACGGAAGGAUGCCUAACCAGAUGUCAGGUUCUCUUGAGGCCUAACUCCCAGUUAUAAUCUGUCAGAUCUUAAAUCUGCCCUCAGACCUGCCCAGGAAAAUGGAUUAGCUCACUCGUGUGGAAACAACAAACAUGAUCUAAGAGAUGAGCUGUUAGAGUAAGAAUGGUUUAGUAACAGUAGAAGCUUUAUAAAAAGUGACUGACACGCCUUUCUGCUGGGUGCCGGCUGCCUGCUGUCGAAAUGGGCAAGUUCAUGAAACCCGGGAAAGUGGUGCUGGUCCUGGCUGAACGCUACUCUGGAUGCAAAGCCAUCAUCGUGAAGAAUAUUGAUGAUGGCACCUCAGACUGCCCUUACAGCCAUGUCCUGGUGGCUGGAAUUGACCGCUGUCCCCGAAAAGUCACAGCUGCCAUGGGCAAGAAGAAAAUCGCCAAGAGAUCAAAGAUCAAGUCCUUUGUGAAAGUUUAUAACUACAAUCGCCUCAUGCCCACAAGGUACUCUGUGGACAUCCCCUUGGACAAAACUGUUGUCAAUAAGGAUAUUUUUAGAGACCCAGCUAUGAAAUGUAAGGCCAGGCAGGAGGCCAAGGUCAAAGUUGAGGAACGAUACAAGACAGGGAAGAACAAAUGGUUAUUCCAGAAGCUUCACUUUUAGGUAUAUUUUUGUUUCUCUCAUUAAAAAUUUUUUAAAAAGUGACAGACACAACAAGCACACAAAAACAAGCUCAAAACAGCCUGUAAUUUUAGCUUGGGGAUCUUCAGGCAUCUGCACACACGUGUACAUAGAUAGAUGCAAACAGACAAAAAUAUUUUUAAAAAAGAUUAUUACUCUUGCUUGGGGAGGGAUGCCAUGAGUGUCCUAUUUGGCAAGGGACUUUCUUGAAUUAUUCAAAUGACAACCUAUUUCAUUUACCAACCCAAUAAUAUUGUGGGAGGACUUGACUCCAGUCCAAAUAGGUGCCUCUCUGGGUAAGGAUUGGCAGAUGGACUACGCCUACAUGCCACCAACACAAAGCUGUACUUACCUCCUAGUUACUGACACCUUGUGGUAUGGACCAAAGCUUCCCCUACAUGAAUUGAAAAGGCAAAAGAAGACUCUGAGGGCUUCAUUGUCCUUCUGCCUUGGCCUCCCAAUUGCUGGAACUACAGGCAUGUGUCAUCCUACCUGACUUUUUUUUUUUUUUUUUUUUUUUGAGACAGGGUUUCUCUGUGUAGCCUUGGCUGUUCUGGACUAAUGUAGACCAGGCAGGCCUCCCAAUUUACAGAAAUCCACCUGCCUCUGCCUCUCAGAGUGCUGGGAUUACAGGCAUGAGCCACUGCACCUGUCUCCUACCAGACAUUUAAAGAGAUUUUUUUUCCCCUACAAAGUAGUAAUAGCCUUUUACAGCAAAAUAACCCAACAGAUGUCUUCUGUACUGAGGAUCACCAAUCACCUUUGUGUAAUAUGUGAUAACAUAUCAAGAAUGUUAGACAUAUCAAAAAUCAUAGACUUAAAAAACCCUGGCCCAGUUAUUUCGGAGAAUUCAGGCCUCACUGAAACCCACAUUCUUUUUCUGCAUAUGAAAAGCUCCUGAUUCCUUAAAAUUUAGUCCUUAUGAAAUGCUUUAGAGUUGUUUUUAUGAAAAUCUUACCAGCUCCAGAGACAUAAGGACUCUACUUUGGUAGUGCUGGGAGAAACGGCCCUAUUAAAAACUUGAAAUAUCUAGGUGAGGUUGCUCAGUAGUUAAGAGCACUGACUAUUUUUCCAAAGGUCCUGAGUUCAAUUCCCAGCAAUUACAUAAUGGCUCAUAACCAUCUAUAAUUGGAUCUGAUGCCUCUUCUGGCGUGCAGGAAUAUAUGCACUCGUAUAUAAAAAAUAGAUAAAAAACAAAACAGCUUGAAGGCUCACCCUCUGAUCAGUUCUGUUAUAAGUGGAAGGGUAUCCCAGCCCUGUUGCUCCCACUAUUGUGAUUCUUUCUUAAGUGUUCACAGGAAACAAAGAUGGCAGGCUACUCUGACCUGCAACCCUAGAGAAAGCUUCUCUUCAAAGGGGGCAAUAAAAGCCAAUUAUCAGAUAAGUAAUAUGAUUAAAUAAGAUGUAAUAUGAUUAAAUAUUUAAUAUGGUUAAAUAUGACUUAUGCCUGGAAGUCCCUCUUGGAGGUUUACUUGUUAACAGUUUUGCUUAACUGGCUCUUCUAUUGCAAGUCAUGCUAGCCCACUUCACCUUGAACUAACCUCUUUUCCAAAUCAUGUUAUUCCCAAUUCUCCCUAACACACAGAUGAUGAAAUAAAACUUUCAUCCUCCUCACCUGUUACAGUCUGGGUUUUCUCCAUAGGUCUGUGUGUCUGAACACUUGGUCUCCAGCUGGUGGCACUGUGUUGGGAAGUUGUGGAACCUUUGGGGCAUGAGCUCCAACUGCUGUCAGCACUGUAGAUAAGCUGUCAAGGGAAGAACACUGAUCAAAGAAGAAAGUUGUGGGGCUGCUGAGUUACACAGCCAGUAAAGGCUCAACCGAGCCUGAUGACCCUCAUGGUAGAAGACAAGAACUGACUCUUCUAGGUUGUCCUCUGACCUCUACAUGUACACCAUAAUAUGUGUGCAUAUGCAUGAACACAUGCACUCGUUACAUAAAUAAAUGUAAUUUUUAAAAAAGAAAAAUGUUGUAGCCUUUUUAUGGUUCAGUCCUGGAAGGACUAGAGA